CUUAUUAAGAAGUCAUUAAUGCUUCCAUGACAAGGCGGGGUAAUCUUCUCUAUACAAAAAACCCUAAUUAAAUCCAGACAAGCAAAGAAAGGAAUUCCAUUUUCAUCAUACCUAUCUAUAUAAAUACCUCCUCUCUCCCAACCAUCUCUCCCUCCCCCCGAAUCUCUCUCUUUCUCUCUUUCUCUUUCUUUAUGGCGAGAACUUUGAGAAAGAUUGCACUGGUCUUCCUAUUUUCUUUCUAUUUAUCGGGUUUAGGAGUAAAUUCACUUGGAAUCAACUAUGGUCAAGUUGGCAAUAAUUUGCUUCAACCAGAAAAGGUUCUUCAGCUAUUGACAUCUCUCAAGAUUAAAAAAGCAAGAAUUUACGAUACAAACCCUCAAAUCUUAACCGCAUUUGCAAAUUCCGCCGUGGAACUAAUCGUCACCGUCGAGAAUGAAAUGCUCGCAACCCUAACCGACCCGCAACAAGCCCUAUUAUGGGUUAACUCCCAUAUUAAACCUUAUAUUCCGGCCACAAAAAUAACGGGAAUAGCGGUCGGAAAUGAGGUGUUCACCGGCGACGGAACCUCCCUCAUAGAAAACCUAGUUCCGGCGAUGGUUAACAUUCAUACAGCCCUAACCCAACUAGGGCUAAGUCAAUAUAACAUCCAAGUUUCAACACCCAAUUCGUUGGCGGUGAUGGGUGAGUCUUAUCCCCCGUCGGCUGGUUGUUUCCGGGAAGAACUCGCCGGAAUAAUGCCGGAUAUAUUACAGUUCUUGGCUACCACGAAUUCCCCGUUUUGGAUCAAUGCAUACCCUUAUUUUGCUUAUAAAGAUGACCCGACAAAAAUAUCGUUAGAGUAUGUUUUGUUUAACCCUAAUCAAUUAGGUAUGGUUGACCCUUACACGAAUUUGCACUACGAUAACAUGUUGUAUGCUCAAGUUGACGCGGUUGUGUUUGCCCUAGCGAAAAUGGGGUACGGGGGUUUAGAGGUUAGGGUUUCGGAAACGGGUUGGCCUUCUAGAGGGGAUUUGGAUGAAGCGGGUGCGAGUGUUGAUAAUGCGGCGGUUUAUAAUCGAAACUUGUUGAGGAGACAAAUGGCUAGUGAAGGUACACCCUUGAGACCAAAUGUGAGAUUAGAUGUUUACUUAUUUGCGUUAUUUAACGAGAAUAUGAAGCCCGGACCGGGUUCGGAAAGAAAUUAUGGUCUUUUUAAACCGGAUGGAACCAUGGCUUAUAACGCUGGUUUAACUUCAACCUCAUCAUCCACAGCUUCCAUUUCGCUUAAGUCCUCCGCCAACACUUCUAAGGUAAGAAAGAUGGAGAAUAUGAACUUGAUCACAUUUUGGUUGUUGUUUGUUUAUCAAAUAUUCACCAUGGGAAGAAGAUUUUAAGCUAUAGAUCAAGGCGCCAAACCCUAGCUAGCUAGCUAGAUUUAAAUUUAUGUAAAUACAAACGUUACUAAAUUAAACAUAUCCGACAUCAACUAGCUAGUGCUAGUGCGCGAUUAUUAUUCAUGAUUAUAGAGACAAAUAAUUUAAUCUUAAAAGAGAUCGAUGGAUUGGAUUGGAUUGAACUAGAGCAUCAGCCGUGACCUAAUUAAGUUAUAAAGGUGGAUCGUAUACAUAUAUAUAAUUGUCAAGUGACAAACUGAUCGAUCAAGAUCAACUCCUUUGACUACUUUAUUUUGGCAAGAGAUCAGAGGAGAAUCCAUUAUCAUGAUUUUACUCUUUGUGUAUAAUUAAUAUGUAGCUAGCUAGCUAGAAAGUGCAUGUUGUUGGUUUUAGAGUAAAUUUGUAUUUUAUUUUUCUUAUUGU